UCACACUAUUCAUUAGGAUUAGUUAGUUCUCCUGUUGUUGUUGUAGCGCUGAUUGAGGUAGCGCUGAUUCGAUCGCAUCAGAACAUUCAUUCACAUUCAUAUCCUCUCUCUCCGAUCCCAAUGGCGGAUGAGAGCCCCAAACCAGAGACCUUCGAACUCAACAAUGGAAGCAUGCAGGUCCUCCUCACCAAUCUCGGCUGCACCAUCAUCUCCUUAUCCGUACCUGGAAAAGAUGGUGUGUUAUCUGACGUUGUUCUUGGCCUUGAAUCUGUUGAAUCCUAUCAGAAAGGUCUUGCUCCUUAUUUUGGCUGCAUUGUGGGUCGAGUUGCUAACCGAAUUAAGGAUGGCAAGUUUACACUUGAUGGGAUUCAUUACUCUUUGCCUAUCAACAAUCCACCAAACAGUCUCCAUGGUGGAAAUGUUGGGUUUGAUAAGAAGGUAUGGGAGGUAGUUGAACAUAAGAAAGGCGAAACCCCCUCAAUCACUUUUAAGUGCCACAGUCAUGAUGGAGAGGAAGGUUAUCCUGGGGAUAUCACUGUUACUGCCACUUACACACUCACCUCAAGCACAACUCUGAGGCUUGACAUGGAAGGAGUGCCAAAGGGCAAGCCCACCAUAGUUAACUUAGCUCAGCAUACCUACUGGAACUUAGCUGGCCACAACUCAGGGAAUAUACUUGACCAUUCAAUUCAGUUAUGGGCUAAUCAUAUCACACCUGUGAACGAGAAUACCGUGCCAACCGGUGAAAUCAUGCCAGUGAAGGGUACCCCUUUUGAUUUUACAUCUUUUAAUAGAAUAGGCAGCACCAUUAGUCAGGUUGGACUGGGAUAUGAUCACAAUUAUGUGCUUGAUUGUGGGGAAGAGAAAGAGGGUUUGAGACAUGCUGCAAAAGUGAGGGAUCCAUCAAGUUCAAGAGUACUUAACUUGUGGACAAAUGCCCCUGGUGUGCAAUUUUACACUGCAAACUAUGUGAAUGGUGUUCAAGGAAAAGGAGGUGCUAUAUAUGGAAAGCAUGCUGGGUUAUGUCUCGAGACACAGGGAUUCCCUAAUGCCAUAAACCAGCCAAAUUUUCCUUCUGUUGUGGUUCGUCCGGGCGAGAAGUAUCAACAUACCAUGUUGUUUGAGUUUUCACUUGAGUGAUGUUUGUUGGAGUGGCAUAGCAAUCAGGUAGACAUCUUGAUCUGCAUAUUAUGAUUUAGAACCUGAACUUAGUAGGCUUCUCCUGAAAUAAACACUUGUUUGUGUUCAAAUAAUUGAAUGAUCAUUUCAUUGUCUCAAUUUGUGCUGUUUUAUCAAUUCUAAAAGUUGACAUUAUAUUGCAAAA